UCAAAUGAUUCGGUAGUAAAAACAUUUGAUUUUUUGAUAAAGUCCUGCCGAAAAAUUCAAAAGACAUCCAAGGAAAUUGAACCACUUGAGCUCAAGAUGAAGCGUACUAUAAGUUUCAGGGCGCCUCAAAUAAAGUUUGAAGAUCUAAGCUAUGAAGUGGCUGUGGCCAAAACAAAAGAAAAGAAGUCUGUGCUUAAGGGCAUUACGGGCACAUUUAAAUCUGGCGAAUUGACAGCUAUAAUGGGCCCAUCCGGUGCCGGCAAAUCUAGUCUUAUGAAUAUACUAACGGGCUUUACCAAAAAUGGCGUAACCGGUACCAUUGACUUUGGAAAAGCCCGUAAGCUAUGCGGCUAUAUAAUGCAGGAUGAUCAUUUCUAUCCAUUCUUUACUGUGGAGGAAACAAUGCUGCUGGCAGCGACUUUAAAAAUAUCUAACAAAUGUGUGAGCAUGAAGGAGAAACGAAUUUUGAUUGAUCAUUUGUUGAACACACUUAAACUGGCGAAGGCCAAGCAAACGAGAUGCUCCAAGCUAAGUGGUGGCCAGAAGAAGCGUCUGUCCAUUGCUCUGGAGCUGAUAGACAAUCCAGCGGUGCUAUUUUUAGAUGAGCCCACAACGGGUCUGGACAGCUCGUCUUCCUUCGAUACGAUACAACUGCUGCGAUCGCUGGCGAACGAGGGGCGAACAAUUGUGUGCACAAUCCAUCAGCCCUCGAGCAAUAUUUAUAAUCUGUUUAACCUGAUCUAUGUGCUCAGCUCGGGUCAAUGCACCUACCAGGGCACGCCCCAAAACACAGUCAUGUUUCUGAAAACUGUCGGACUCGACUGCCCUGCCUAUCACAAUCCCGCUGACUUCUUGCUCGAGUGUGUGAACGGUGAUUUCGAUGAUCAUACCGAUGCAUUAACGGAAUGUGCCAAGGACCAACGCUGGCGUUACGAUCAGCAACUUUUACAGGAUGAUGCGGAAGCGCCAAGUGAGGCGCAGGUGGCUAAGUUCAAUGAAUCCCAGACACAGACAAUGCCACAAUUAAAGAAACUAGAGUCCUCAAAGGAGCUCAUACAGCACACCUAUCCUCCACCAGAAUGGAUGAGACUUUGGAUACUAAUUGGACGCUGUCAUCUGCAGUUCUUUAGAGAUUGGACGCUUACCUAUCUUAAGCUAGGCAUGCAUAUACUUAGCGCUGUUAUGAUAGGUCUAUUCUUUGGCGAUUCUGGCAUUAAUGCAACGAAACAAAUCUCAAAUGUGGGCAUGAUAAUGAUACACUGCGUUUAUCUUUGGUAUACGACUAUAAUGCCUGGAAUUUUAAGAUAUCCCAUGGAAAUUGAAAUCAUCAAGAAAGAAACCUUUAACAAUUGGUAUAAAUUGAAAACCUAUUAUGUGGCCACUUUAAUAACAUCUACACCUGUGCACAUAAUAUUCUCUAUAGUUUAUAUAACAAUUGGCUAUUUAAUGACUGAUCAACCUGUGGAAGUCGAACGAUUUGUUAAAUAUCUGCUUACUGCUGUUGUAGUUACCAUUUGUGCGGAUGGAUUGGGCGUAUUUCUAGGCACCAUACUGAAUCCAGUGAACGGUACAUUUGUGGGUGCUGUUUCCACAUGUUUUAUGCUAAUGUUUUCGGGUUUCCUAAUCUUGCUGACCCACAUACCCAAGGCUUUGCAUUUUGUGGCUGCAAUGUCGCCACUGCGCUAUGCGCUGGAAAAUAUGGUGCUUUCACUAUAUGGAAAUCAACGCGAUAAGCUUAAUUGCCCUAGUACCGAAUUCUAUUGUCAUUUCAAAAAUGCCGUCACAGUGCUGAAUCAAUUUGGCAUGGAAAAUGGUGAUUUUGGAUAUAACAUCAUGAUGAUUCUGGGUCAAAUAACCAUUUUUAAGAUCUUGGCCUACUUUACGCUCAAGCGCAAAAUCAAAUCGAUUUGAUUGCACAGCGAAAUAGCCUAGUAUUGAACCUAAAAUAAAUUAAAUGUGAUUUUAUGUUACUUAUUGCUUAGUUCAAGUGAACUCCUUUUUACAUCGGCAUGUGAUACUUUACCUAAUGCUACCUGCUGCUGUAUACAUACACAUAUAACGAAUAUAGUUUUUAUACGGUUUAUAUACAAUUGUACACGUUAGAUAUAUAGCAUAUAGUACUAAAUGUUUGUAGAAAAUUAUUGUAAGGUGUGAAUUUCAUAUACAAAUUUUUGUGUGCAAAUAUUUAUAAUUUAAAAGGACCAUAAGUUAACGAAAUGUUUUGUAAAUUGUGUAGAUAGCUAAAGGGAUUGAUGCGCUGAUAUAUUUUGUAAAAUAAAUGUUAAAUGGACAAAAAGUUGUAUU